AUGUCAAUCCUUUCCUCGCUCUUUGGUAGUUCGAAAGAAGAGAAGCAUAUAGAUAAGUCUGUGGAUGAGUUGUUUAAGAAAUCUGCGAGUGCUGUGCCUAAGGAACUGUUAAAAAGAACUAGAACUAUUCUAGAGGAGCCUGAAAAGCAACAACAUAUUUUUGAAAGCAAAGAGAAUAUAGACAGUGACGAUAAAGAUGUUAAGGACCUGAAAAAUCCAAUUGUGGCUGAUGAACAAAGUCAUAGUAGAGACAAGCGGAGAAAGAAAAAGUCAGAUGUGGACGAAAACUUGGAAGCAAAAUACUUUGCCAAGCUCUUGAAGAAUGGCGACCAAGAGAAGGAAGAAGAGGAAAAGAAAGAAAGGGAAGUAGAUUCAAAUGAGGUAGAGGGUUCUGAGAAAGACGAAGAUAAAGAAGUUGAGAAAAGCACUACGAAGUCUAAAACAGCCACACCAGCUUCUAGAAUCGACUUGAAAGAAGAUGAAUUAAAGAAAGCCGAGAGAACUGUUUUCGUCGGUAAUGUUGUAUCGCUGGUUGCCACUUCUAAGAAGAUUACCAAAAAGUUUAAAAAGUUAUUCACGCAAUUCGGAAAAGUUGAAUCCAUCAGAUUCAGAUCGAUCUCUUUCGAUGAAGUUCUCCCCAGGAAAAUUGCAUUUGCGAAAAAGAAGCUUCAUGAUUCAAGAGAAUCCUUGAAUGCAUAUGUCGUUUUUGAAGAAAAAGAAUCAUCUUUGAAGGCAGUAUCUUUGAACGCAACUAUGUUUGAAGACUGCCAUAUAAGAGUAGAUCACGUGGGACACCCGGCUCCAAAAGACAACAGAAGAACUAUAUUUGUGGGAAACUUAGACUUCCAAGAAAAGGAAGAGACUUUAUGGAAAUACUUCAAUUCUAAAACGGACAAUGACGUUGAAUCUGUGCGAGUUGUCAGAGAUUCUGCAACGAACUUGGGGAAAGGAUUUGCAUUAGUGCAGUUCAAAGAUACACUCUCAGUAAAUAAAGCAUUACUUUUGAACGAUAAGCCACUUUCGGAUUCCAACAAACGCAAGUUACGUAUCUCUAGGGCAAAGUCUCAUACACAACCUUCCCUGUUAUCACCAAAUCAUAUUGAUAAUAUCAAGAAGAAAUUUGCGUCAAAUAAAUCAAAAUUCAAAGCUGGAAGAUUAACGGAUCAACAAAAAACUAAAAUUGGCCGUGCUUCUAAGAUCUUAGGAAAAGCCGAUAGAAAAUCUCUUGGUAGGCAGAUCAUAGAAGGUGAAAGAGCACACAAGGGAACACUGAUACCUGGGAUCUCCAAGAAGUAUAAAAAGGAUCGUGUUAAAAAGCCAAGAAUAAGAGAGAGAUCCACAAAAUUCAAACAAAAUAAGAAGUAA